GUUAAGAGGAGCAGAGCGGGAGUCCUAGAGAGGACGGGAAGUGAAGGGGGAGUGAAGGUCCUCCAGGGCUAAAUCCCCCCUCCCCCUCCCUCCCUGCCUUCUUCUUCUCUCUCCUUUGCAAAAGCCCCUCCUGGACUCGGGUGAGUCUCCUCUCUCCUCUCUCCUCCCCCUGAGGGUGCAAUGGGGAGAAGGGGGUCCCAGGGGGGCAGGGAGGGGCCAUGGGGGUCCCUGCUCAGAUCAUGCCUGAUGGGGGGGAGACCCCCAAGUUAGGGAGCAGAGGGUCCUCCCUUGUCCUCUCUGCCAAGCCAGGGAGGGGCCACUUCGCAGGAAAUAUGCAGCUCUGCUCUUCCUUGGGAUCCAGAUGCUGCCUUCCUUUCGGGGGAGGGGGCUUUGAGUCAAGAAAGUAAACCCCCUUCAAAGGGAGGGAAAAGUCACAUUUCUGAACAGAGGAUGUAGACAGACGGGAACAUUCCCACGUGGGGGGAGCGCAGGGAGAAGAAAAGCCCGUCUGCAUCUGCAGCAGCACAACAGGACCACUUCCUGUGUCCCAGAUGCAACAACACACGUCUCUCCCCCAUCAUUUAAAUACACAACAAAAUUGUUCCAUUAAGCUACUGAAAUAAGCAUGAAGGAAAAGAAUAAUGUUAAAACAAUGCAGCUAUUAAGAGGCAGAAAAGAACAGAGCAAUGUGUAGAAAAAUAUCAUCUUUCUUCUCCCUUUUUUCCCUUAGGGUCCAGUGUGCUUUGAAGACGUAGCUGUUCCUUUCACAGAGGAGGACUGGGCUUUGCUGGAUCCUGACCAGAGAGCUCUGCAGAAGCAAGUCAAGGAGGAGAAUCCUGGGAUCGUGGCCUCUCUGGUAAGGCUCCCUGCUGGAUCAUAAGAUCAGUUUUGAAAUUCCAUACAGAUCUCUGAAGGACAAACCUCCUCUAUUUUGAGGGAGCCCCAUAGCGCCACCUACAGCAUCUGAGAUGUUAACACACCCACAACUCUCCAUAGGAGAUGUAUCUCCUGUUCUGUCUGGGAAUAUUCUUCCACCAGUCCUGCCUUUUCCAACCAUGAGGAGGCUGCUCUGAGCUGCCCAGGCCUUCUUCAAUGUAGGCUUCAGAGAUCUCAGGGAUGUGGAGGAACAUCCUGUCAAAUUUUCUGUUUCCCUUUCUGCAUCUCUCUGUUUUUGGUUGAGCAAAGAAAUGACUGAGCUUGGAGAUGGAGCGGAUUCCACGACUGAGCCAAAUUAAAUCCAUCCCUGGAACGAGCCAGGCUUUUCGAAUCUCCAGGUCCCAUAAAUACGUUAGCUAAUACCAACCAAAAAAGGCAGUAACUCCCUUCCCUUCUUCCUCUUUCACAAACAUUCAUUUGCAUUCUUCAGUCAUUUCAGCCUCAAUUUCUUCCUCAGGCUAGGAUUAUGAUUAUGAUUAUGAUUAUUAAUGAUAUCAGGAAACAUGAUGAGGAAUUAAGGGGAAAGACAGUGUUGACCCAGAGUAGUUACAAAAUGUAUGUUCUCUCCCCAAGUGCCACAGACCCACCUCCAAAGAGAGCUUCUCUGAAGAAAGCACAAGCAAAAAUCAAUUUUACGUGAAUAAGAAAAAUGAGGAGGUGGCUAAGAAACAGCAGGAGCCAGAUCCUAUUACUGACCUUAUAGGAUCUCUCAGCAGCUCUAAGGAUGAGCAGAAAGAGGUUUUGGGCCCAGGCAGCUCAACUGCUAAGUCAUCUCUGGCACUGAGACCAGGAGCUCAAGCGACUCAAGGCCAAAUUCAGGCUAAACAAGUAGAGGAACUAAUGAGAAAGAAAAUUUCAGAACUAUCCUCAGGAAAUGCUAAUACAAGGAUAAAAGACUCCUUCUCCCAAGCCUCUGGUGCAAAUGAGGAAUUAUCAGUCAUUGGGUGACUUGUACUACUAACAAGGGACAUAGAAUGCAUAAAAUCCUUUUUGGCUGACUGUAAUAAAAUUCUUACCAUCCUGAUAGGUACUUGUAAAACCUUCUGGAAUAAAAUCUGGCAGAGUCUGUGGAACCAGAUAAUACAACAAUAUCUCUUUCCCUACCAUUAAAAAUAGAUCAAUAAGGGAGGUUUAAUUCGUCCACAUGGCAAAAGGAGGUCUAUAAGUACAAAGAAGAGCAAAAAUGUUAAAAAAAAUUAAAAUAGUGCAAUAUUAAAAAGUUGACUUAAAAAUACCUUUUAACUUACUUAAGAGUAGCUCAUGCUCUGGGUCCAGACAGAACACUUAAGAAGCUUGUACUGUACAGUGGUACCUUGGGUUAAGUACAUAAUUCGCUCCAGAGGUCCAUUCUUAACCUGAAACUGUUCUUAACCUGAAGACCACUUUAGCUAAUGGGGCCUCCUGCUGCUGACGCGCCGCCGGAGCAUGAUUUCUUUUCUCAUCCUGAAGCAAAGUUCUUAACCCGAGGUACUAUUUCUAGGUUAGCGGAGUCUGUAAGCUGAAACGUAUAUAACCUGAAGCCUAUGUAACCCGAGGUACCACUGUACUGGAAUUUGCACACCAGAUCCUUAUAUCAAUAUGAAACGAUAUGCAAGGUUAUCAAAUGGUCUGCUGUCCUGUCAGAAGCCAAAAUCAAACCAGGGAGAGGGUUUUGAUAAACAAGAAUUGGAAAUGGGUGCUGUCUCAAAAUAAGCUACUUCUCUCAAGCUACCAUAAGCCUUUGGGAAUCUUGUCACAAGAGGAGUGGAAAGUUUAUGAACAUAGUGCAUAAGCACAGAGAAUAUCUAAGGAGGAGUGGUGUAUCAGUCUGAAGAUUAUUCAAAAAUGUGGCAUCACCAGCUCCUCUGCUUCCACAUUCAGCAACACCUCCAAAAAGUCCUCAGUUCAAGGCAGACUAUCCUGCUUUAGUUGACAUAUACUCUGCAGGUGACAAUCCUGACUAGCCAGCUGACCUGGACCCCAAGGAACCCCAUAACUCAGACAGCCCUGGGUCCUUGCACUUGAGAAAUCUAGGGAAGGACCUACUUGACAGAACUGAAAAGAAUUGAUUGCAUGUCUUCUGUGCUCUGCCGUAAGAAGCCCAGAAUGAAAUAUUCCCCAGAUUUGACCUCUGACGUUCUUGCCUAAUAAGUUUGAAGAAGGAACACAAGGGCUCAUGCAAGUAGAACUUGACCCUUUGUGCUCCAGAUCCAGCCCACCAGAUAUUCCAGCAUGAGUUGAAUUUAUGGGCUGAAAAGCCACCUCCUCCCACCAGCAGGUUAAUGAACCCUCUUUCCUACCAAUUGGAGAUGAAGAGCUUCCCCAAAGAUUUGGUCCACAUGCAAGAGGCAAAUAUGGCCAAAACAUCUGCGUCAACAGGACUCUCCGUAGAAAGCACCAAGCAUGGGGCCACUUACAGGUAUUAGCUACUCAUCUGUUUUCUGCCCAUGCUCUGGGGUUGCAGUUUUCAGGCUCAGGGACAGGAUGGUAACUCGUUUUGGCACCAAGUUCUGUUCAUAAGCCCCAAUGAGUUCAAUGGGAUCAACUCUCAGGUCACUAUUGUGCAGACCCUGCCAUCCUUACGAAGUGGGGUGAUUAGCAAACGGGAAACUGCAAGCACUGGAGAUGUUUACAAAUGGGGCUUCUGAUGAGAAGGGGCUGCCCCACUUGUUCUUCUCCAGAGGCAGGAGAAUAUCUAGGGCAGGAGAAUCCCUGCAGGGCCUCUGAGGCUCCCUUUGCUUCUUCCUCUCUCCCAGGACCCUGCAGCUUCUUCUGGCUCCUUGACUCCACAGGAAGGAUGAAAGAGACGCAUCCUGCAAAGCUAGCAAGGAUGGAGGGGGAAGAUGGACGGUUGACCUGGUCAGGUUGUCUCCUGCAUCCCUCCUCUCAACCUCUGAGCGUUCCCUCCCAGGGACCUCCGAGAGAUCUGGUGAGUCCCAGAGGAGUGGAGAUGGGGACAUGGAGGGAUGGAUGGAGGGUGGAAGAGGGGAGCUCUCUGGCCAGAAAUGAGAUAAAGCAGGGAUUUUACUGUGGAAGCUGUGGAUGGGGCCCCCAACAUUGGGAGGCUUCCCUCCAGCCAGAAAAUCCCUGCAGGGCCUCUGAGGCUCCCUUUGCUUCUUCCUCUCUCCCAGGACCCUGCAGCUUCUUUUGGCUCCUUGACUCCUCAGAAAAAUGUUGGCUUUUUGCAGUCUGGUAGCGCUGCAGAGAGCUUGCUGGGGAGACCAUGCAUUAAAAAGGGACUCAAAAAUAACUUCAACAAGGUUUUAAUAACAAAAACAAAAACUCCUUUUACACUAAAUACAUCAACAAAACAAACCAGACCCAACCACCAACCCAUCCCCAGGGUAAUGGGAGAGCUAGGUGCAGCUCCUUAUAUACUACACCCAAUUGCCAACACGGCUUAAUCAAUACAACUCAGCAGCACCUGCUAUGUUUCACAGCUGUAAAGCUGGGUCUCGUUAUCUUGCUCUGGCCCCUUAAAGACAUACACAUCGGGUGGAACAAUGAUGAACCUUUACAUAUAAAGAAACCAUUCAACAGAAGGAUGAAAGAGACGGAUCCUGCAAAGCUAGCAAGGAUGGAAGGGGACGUGGGACGGUUGACCUGGUCAGGUUGUCUCCUGCAUCCCUCCCCACAACCUCUGAGCGUUCCCUCCCAGGGACCUCCGAGAGAUCUGGUGAGUCCCAGGGGAGGGGAGAUGGGGACCUGGAUGGAUGGAGCCAGAGAGGAAUUGGGGCUUGCUCAGCUUGGGGGUGGGGGGAGGCAGGCAGGCAGAUGGAGAUGGAGAAGGGGAGCACCUUUUUGGGCUCCCCGCCUGCCUCCCUGCCUGCCUGCACCUUUGUCAUCUGCAGGCAAUUUGAGCUAGGAAUAGAUCACAGCUCCCCAGCCACCGCGAUGUACAGUGAUUCCAUGAUUGAGCCACAAAAAUAUCCAUCCCAGAUAAAAGCCAAGCAAUAUCUCAGUUAAUACCAGCCAACUAAGGAAGUGAAACCUAUAGGACGGCCUCACAUCUCAUUCUCUUCAGUUCUUCCUCUGUCACAAGCAUUCAUUAACAUUGUUCAAUAAUCUGGAGCUCCCAUUUCCUCCUGAGACUAAUUAGCUUCUCUCUUCAUUGCAGAUGGUGAUGAAUCAGAAGGGAAGAACAAGGGGGAGCACAACAGAAUCCCCAUAGCGGAGAAGUCAUAUAAAUAUUCAGAGUGUGGAGAGAAGAUCCGUCAGAGUUCCCAGUCCACCUCCCAUCAAAGAAAGAGCUUCAUUCGAAGGAAUACCCUGACUUCACAUGAAAGAACACAGAGUAGGGAGAAAUUGUAUCAGUGCAGAGUAUGUGGAAAGAGCUUCAAUCGAAAGGGUAAUCUAACUUUGCAUCAAAGAGUUCAUACAGGGGAGAAACCAUAUAAUUGCUUGGAAUGUGGAAAGAGCUUCAGUCACUGGGGGAAUCUCACUUCCCAUCAAAGAGUUCAUACAGGGGAGAAACCGUAUCAGUGCUUGGAAUGUGGGAAGAACUUUAGUCACCGCCAGAAUCUCGCUUCUCAUCAAAGAAUUCAUACAGGGGAGAAACCGUAUCAGUGCUUGGAAUGUGGAAAGAGCUUCAAUCGGAAGGGUCACCUCACUUCCCAUCACAAAAUUCAUACAGGGAGAAACCCUAUCAGUGCUUGGAAUGUGGGAAGCGCUUCAGUCAGGAGGGGAAUCUCACUUCUCAUCAAAGAAUUCAUACAGGGAGAAACCCUAUCAGUGCUUGGAAUGUGGAAAGAGCUUUCGUCUGAGUGGUGAUCUCACUUCCCAUCAAAGAAUUCAUACAGGGGAAAAACCCUAUCAGUGCUUGGAAUGUGGAAAGAGCUUCAGUAAGUGGGUGAAUCUCACUUUUCAUCAAAGAAUUCAUACAGGCGAGAAACCCUAUCAGUGCUUGGAUUGUGGAAAGGGCUUCAGUCGGAAGGAAAGUCUUACUACCCAUCAAAGAAUUCAUACAGGGGAGAAACCCUAUCAGUGCUUCGAAUGUGGAAAAGGAUUUAGUCUGAGUGGUCAUCUGACUUCCCAUCAAAGACUUCAUACAGGAGAGAAACCGUAUCACUGCUUGGAAUGUGGAAAGAGCUUUGUCUGAGUGGUGAUCUGACUUCCCAUCAAAGAGUUCACACAGGGAAAAACCCUAUCAGUGCUUGGAAUGUGGAAAGAGCUUUUGUCAGAGUGGUCAUCUGACGUCCCAUCAAAGAUGUCAUACCGGAGAUAACCCGUAUCAGUGCUUGGAAUGUGGAAAGAGCUUUCGUCAGAGUGGUGAUCUGACUUCCCAUCAAAGAGUUCACACAGGGGAAAAACCCUAUCAGUGCUUGGAAUGUGGAAAGAGCUUUCGUCAGAGUGGUGAUCUGACUUCCCAUCAAAGAAUUCAUACAGGGAGAAACCCUAUAUGUGCUUGGAAUGUGGGAAAAGCUUCCGGGAGGGCCACAAGCUCACUUCCCAUCAAAGAAUUCAUACAGGUGAGAAACCCUAUCAGUGCUUGGAAUGUGGAAAGAGCUUCAGUCAAAGUGCCACACUCUAUUACCAUCACAGAAUUCAUACAGGGGAGAAACCCUAUCAGUGCUCAGAAUGUGGUAAGCGCUUCAGUCAGGAGGGGAAUCUCACUUCUCAUCAAAGAAUUCAUACAGGGGAGAAACCCUAUCAGUGCUUGGAAUGUGGAAAGAGCUUUCGUCUGAGUGGUGAUCUCACUUCCCAUCAAAGAAUUCAUACAGGGGAAAAACCCUAUCAGUGCUUGGAAUGUGGAAAGAGCUUCAGUAAGUGGGUGAAUCUCACUUUUCAUCAAAGAAUUCAUACAGGCGAGAAACCCUAUCAGUGCUUCGAAUGUGGAAAAGGUUUUUGUCUGAGUGGUCAUCUGACUUCCCAUCAAAGACUUCAUACAGGAGAGAAACCGUAUCACUGCUUGGAAUGUGGAAAGAGCUUUCGCCUGAGUGGUGAUCUGACUUCCCAUCAAAGAGUUCACACAGGGAAAAACCCUAUCAGUGCUUGGAAUGUGGAAAGAGCUUUCGUCAGAGUGGUGAUCUGA